GACCUCAGCUGCGGGUUAUGCUCACGUGACCGCGCAGUGGUGGCGGGAAGGCGGUGCGCGGCGGUGUCCCCUCACGCGUGGGCGCGGCGGCGCGAUGGGAGCAGCGGGCGUCGUGGCGGGGCUGUCGCUGCUGCUGCUGUGGGCGGUGCUGGCGGCAGGUGUGGUUCUGAGACAAUCCCAAGAGCCCAAGGAGCUGUGGGGAUAUGUGCAAGUUCGAAGUAAGGCCCACAUGUUCUGGUGGCUCUACUAUGCAAACAACCCAACCAAAGACUUCACAGAACUACCUCUCAUCUUGUGGCUUCAGGGAGGUCCAGGAUCUUCAGGCUGUGGAUUUGGGAACUUUGAAGAGAUUGGUCCGUUAGAUAGAGAAAUGAAACCAAGAAACACAACCUGGUUGCAGGCAGCCAGUGUCUUGUUUGUGGAUAAUCCUGUGGGCACCGGAUUCAGUUAUGUGGAUGAUUGUAGCUUGUUUGCCAAAAACCUUACCACUGUAGUUUCUGACAUGAUGGUUUUUCUUGGAGAAUUCUUCACGUGUAGAACAGAAUUCCAGAACAUCCCAUUCUACAUAUUUUCUGAAUCUUACGGAGGUAAAAUGGCUGCUGGCAUUGCUUUAGAGCUGCAUGAGGCUGUUCAAAAAGGGACCAUAAAGUGCAAUUUUAUGGGGGUUGCUCUUGGAGACUCAUGGAUUUCUCCUUUGGACUCUGUGCUGUCUUGGGGGCCCUACCUUUACAGCACUUCUUUCCUUGAUGAUAAAGGUCUAGCAGAGGUGACUGCUGUUGCCAAAGAAAUAAUGGAUGCAAUAAAUAAAGAUCAAUAUGGACUGGCCACUGAGCUCUGGGGCAAGGCUGAAAACAUCAUUGAAGAGAACACAGACAAUGUGAACUUCUAUAACAUCAUGACUAAGGACGUUCCACAGAUUAAAUCAAACGAACGAGAAAAUCUCCGUCUCAGACUUUACCAACGCCAUGUCCAAAGAACACAUAAGGACAGCCUAACCGAGUUGAUGAAUGGACCCAUCAGAGAGAAGCUAAAAAUUAUUCCUGACUGCGUGACAUGGGGAGGUCAGUCCAGAGAUGUCUUUGAGAACAUGUCUGAGGACUUCAUGAGACCUGUCAUUGAUAUUGUUGAUCAGCUUUUGGCAGCCAAUGUCAACGUUACAGUUUAUAACGGGCAGCUGGAUCUCAUUGUUGACACCAUGGGCCAGGAGGCAUGGAUCCGGAAACUGAAAUGGCCUAAUUUGGCCCAGUUCAACCAGAAAAGGUGGAAUGCACUCUAUGUAUCUCCGGACUGCACUGAAACAGCUGCUUUCCACAAGGCCUAUGAGAACUUUGCUUUCUUCUGGAUUCUUAAGGCUGGGCACAUGGUACCGUCUGAUCAAGGAGAGAUGGCACUGAAAAUGGUCAGGAUGGUGACCCAACAGCAGCACUAGGGAAGGGGAGGCCGGCUGGUAUGGCUUCCUUGACGAAUGUCGGUGCCGUUGCAGAGAGUGAGUCCAGAAUAAUAAGCCGCAGGAGGAACGGUGGCUAUUUGGACACACAGCCUCUCUGAUUUUGCUGAUAAUGUGUGCAAGCAGUUACGGAAAGGCAUUUUUUUCCUUCAAUGAGUUAUUUUUUAAUUUGUAAGCUGUGAUUUGCUGCCUUAAUACUGUUCAUAAUGGCUCCUCCAGGGGGAAGUCCACUGUGAUGAACAACCAGCUCUGAGCCAUUGCCUUUGACUUGGAAGGGUUUUGUGCUUUUGUAAAAAGCUGCCCUUCCCCGUGUGCUCUCUUGUCUGUUAACAAACCAAGACUUAAACUGAUUCGAGUCCUGAUGGGUUUGCUGCUUGUUCCUGUCAGAGAGCUAACCUAUUCCAUGAGGCUGUGGGAUGUUUCUUCCUGUGUCCUCAGACCUCUGCCUGAGUCACCUGGCUGGAUUACAAGCUGAAGACACAGAGCCAGCAUAGAAGACCUGCCCUAAAGGAAGUGUAGUCUAUCUCUUAUUCCUGAGGUGCCUCAGUUAGGAUUGAAGAUUCUUCAGGCUUCUGUGUUAUGGAAAGAGAAAAACGCGCCCCCAAGAGGAGGAUUUGACCUUGUUCAUCUGACCAUUUAUUUCUCGUUUUCAUUCUCUUUAAUGACCCUUAGGAAGACUUUGCCUUUAGCCUUAACACCUAAAGCACAUCCUGCAGGAAUUCCUGCUUUUCCUGCAUGCUGAAGUCCUGUUAAUACCACCUUCUUGUACAGAAGAGAUUUAUAAUGGACAGAAGCCUCUUAAAGCCUCCUGAGCAUAGCCUGGGGAGUGGGAGAGAGAACAGCAUUUGAGCAAUAAUAAUAGCAUCAUUCUGAAAGAUAAUAGCAGUGUUUAAAAGGAUAUGCACCUGGAAUAAAUAUCUUGAUUCAUAUUUUUCUAGAGCUUUUUUAAAGUCUUGCAGAGACCUUUGAUUUUGAAACAACUUUUAUUUUAAUAUGGUACACAGAGAGACUUAGUCAGGCAUCUUUUGACUUUUGGUAUGGAGCACAGUGACCAUUGUUUAUUGGCGUCUGUUAGGAGGCACAGCAGCUUGUUCCAGCUGUCAGAAUCCUAAAUCAAUAGCAACCCCUCAAUUACUCCAGCAACUGCAACUGUCAUGAAAUGUCUGAUAGCGUUGGCUUACAAAGAACUGAGGCAUAAUGCUAUGUACACGCAUACACAAUCACCCAGCAGCUGGAAUAUUGGCACCUAAUCUUUGCUUUCCUUCUUCAUAGUCUCUGCUUGAACCGUAUCCUUGAGAGCUCCAGCAAUGCAAAACCGGAUUUUUUUAAAAGAACUCAUUUGUCAAUAAAUAUAUAAUAGGUCUAAUUCAUAUCUCUUUGGCACCAGUUGAUUUCACUGCUUGAAAAUCACAUCUUUUCUGGUUUGGCUUUUCAGUGUAAAGCCCUCGCCGAAGGGAGCAGAGGAAAGGGUACAGGUCUGUGCUGUCCCGCAUGACUGGAAGGCCCGAUGAGGAGAACAUGUGCUGGGGGUCACAGCCCCUCCCAUCCUUCCCACAAAAUGCAUUCCUUCAGAGUGUAAAGGGUAACC